AUGCGGCUCAAGGCUACCGUGCUCGCCGCUUUGGCUUCAGUCGCCAGUGCGGCAUACUGGAUGGAGGAAACUCAGCACCAGGGUGUCGCCUCCUUCAACCCCGACAAAUCCUACCAGGUCUUUCGCAACGUCAAGGACUAUGGCGCCAAGGGAGACGGCGUCACUGACGACACCAUCGCCAUCAACAACGCCAUCAGCUCUGGCAACCGUUGCGGUGGCGGUCCCUUCUGCAACGGAACCACCACUACUCCUGCUGUCGUCUACUUCCCUGCUGGUACCUACCUCGUCACCACCAAUAUCAUCAACUACUACUACACCCAGAUCAUUGGCGAUCCCACCUCCAUGCCUGUCAUCAAGGGCAGCCCCGACUUCCAGUCCUACGGCGGCAUUGGCUUGAUCGACUCGGACCCGUACCUGAACAGCGGCACCCUUCAGUUCAGAGCCACCAAUGUCUUCUUUCGUCAAAUCCGUAACCUCAUCUUUGACACCACCGAUGUCCCGGGUACCGUUGCUGGCCUCCAUUGGCCCUCAUCCCAAGCCACUUCCAUCCAGAACUGCGUCUUCAAGCUAUCCUCCCGACCCGAGGAUGAUCACACCGGCAUCUUCAUAGAAGAAGGGAGCGGUGGUAUGCUGGCGGACCUGGUCUUCUACGGCGGCAGGCAGGGCGCCCAGUUCGGCAAUCAGCAGUACACGAUGCGCAAUCUCACCUUCUACGGCUCCAAGACAGCCAUCAUGCAGCUGUGGAACUGGGGUUGGACGUACAAGUCCCUCAACAUCUAUGAUUGCGAGGUUGGCAUUAACAUGUCGAGCAACGCCGUUGGCUCCGUCACCCUUUUGGACAGCAGGUUCGUCAACGUUCAGACGGCCAUGACUACCUUCCGUGGGGCCACCAGCAUAAACUCGACAGGCUCUCUUGUCAUUGAGAAUGUGGACUACAUCAAUGUUCCCAUCGUUCUUCAGGGCCCGGAAGGCCCUAUUCUCCUGGGCAAUCCUUCGGGACUGGUUCAUGACGCAGGUUACGCAAGGGGUAACACAUACACCCCCAACGGACCACGCGAGUACGAGGACCGCGAUCGAGCUUACUUCCGUCAACCCACGACCCUCAAGCAAGACGGCAAAUUUUACGAGCGCUCCAAACCUCAGUAUGAAACUUACCCGACUUGGGCCUUUCUCUCCGCCCGAUCCUACGGUGCUGUUGGAGAUGGAGUCACCGAUGAUACUGCAGCCCUGAACCACCUCUUCCAAACUGCUGGUCUUACACUCGGAUCGGUGGCGUACCUCGAUGCGGGAUACUACAAGGUCACCGACACUGUUCAUAUUUCGGGAGGCGUUCGAGUUGUGGGAGAAGCUAUGGCGGCGGUCAUCCUCGGUGCAGGUCCCAAGUUUUCGGAUAUCAACAACCCGCAACCUGUCCUUCAGAUUGGAAAUAUGGGAGAGGCCGGCUACGUGGAGGUCAGCGACAUCAUCGUGUCUACCCAGGGAGGAACGGCAGGUGCCGUCUUGAUUCAAUACAACCUCAAUCCUCCCGCUGGUUCAAGCUCUACCCUCGCCGAAAUGCCCCCUUCUGGUCUGUGGGACGUCCACACACGUAUCGGUGGUUUUGCAGGAUCUAACCUGCAACUGACUGACUGCCCCAAGACUCCCGACGCCGUUGUUCACGCUGAUGCGAAUUGCAUCGCAGCAUGGUUGAGCUUCCACGUCACCAAGAGGGCUGGCAAUCUCUACAUGGAGAACAACUGGUUCUGGGUUGCCGACCACGACAUCGAAGACUUCAACAACACCCAAAUCAGCAUCUUUGCUGGACGUGGUGUCUUGAUUGAAGGCGAACGUGUCUGGCUUGUAGGCACCGCCAGUGAACAUCACACACUCUACCAGUACCAGUUGCUCAAUGCGACCGACGUCUUCAUGGGUCAAGCACAGACUGAGACGCCUUACUACCAGCCCAAUCCCCCUGCUCCGUUGCCUUUCACCAGGAUCGACACCACUCUUGGAGAUCCCGAUUUCCAUACCGACUGCCAAAGCGUCCAAUACGGCGCCAACACGACGAUCAGUUCCGAUGGUUCUCUCACCCUGGGAGGCAACCCAAAAUGUGAAAUGGCAUGGGGUCUCCGCAUCCUUGGUUCACAAAACGUGGUUGUCUUCGGCGCCGGUCUCUACAGCUUUUUCAACAACUACAACGUCGACUGCAGCACUCUUCGCUCCGGUGAAAACUGCCAGGCAAGAAUCUUCUGGGCUGGACCCCUCAACCUUGGCUCUGGCUUUAGCACCAACGUUCCUCCCAGAGAAGUUGGAAGCGGAAAAACAGGAAAGUUCGUGAUGAGCAGCAAACCGCCAUCCCAUCGGAACAAGAGCAGCGAGUCUAGUGGAGAUGCUGCGGACCCGUGGGUCCAGGUCUACAACUUGAACACGGUCGGUAGUGUCAGUAUGAUAACGAGAGACGGCAAGGAUUUGGCGGGUUGGAACCAGAAUUUGGCGACGUUUGCGAACACUCUUGCCUUGUUUCACUACUAG